GCAUACAAAAACGGGUAUGUUUUGGUCCUGAGGAAACACGUUGAGAAAAGAGACGAAAGUGAAGUAAGGAACGAUAUUAUAGCCUAAAAACCUUACAAAAGAAGAAGAGGAAAUCAGCUGGCGGUCAUCGUUCUAAAAUACAUAAGAAUCCGACGAUGGGGAAGAAAGGAACGAAAGGAUCCGGCCUCGGCAGGAGCAUAAUCAAGGACAGAUUUGCAGGCAGACAGAAACCAGGAUCGUCUUUAUUGCACACUUCAGAACUAGGAGAUGGACAAGAGUGGAACCGGAUCAAUUUCAUGUCUAUUACUGAGCAAACUGAUGUGGACGAUUUCCUGGCCACAGCUGAAUUGGCAGGUACUGAAUUUCAGGCUGAAAAGCUCAACAUAAAGUUUGUGCCUCCAAGUUCAAAGUCAGGAAUGUUAACUGAGUCAGAAAAAAAGAAAAUCAGAGAAGCUCAAGAUGCAAAUAAGAUGCAUCUGAGAAUCCCCCGAAGGCCACAUUGGAACAUAACCACAACUCCAGAAGAAUUGGCUCAAGCAGAACGUGACGGUUUCCUAGAAUGGAGGAGGAGUUUGGUGCAACUUCAAGAGGUGGAGGGCCUCACCCUUACUCCUUUUGAAAAGAAUCUGGAGUUUUGGAGACAACUAUGGAGAGUUAUUGAGAGGAGUGAUGUUGUAGUGCAGAUUGUUGAUGCUCGCAAUCCAUUACUCUUCCGCUGUGAGGAUCUGGAAGCUUAUGUUAAAGAAGUGUCAAAAGAAAAAGAUAACCUUUUGUUGGUUAAUAAGGCUGACUUUUUGACCAAAGCACAGAGAGAAUCCUGGGCAAAGUAUUUCAGAGAAAAUAAUAUUAAAGCAGCAUUCUUCUCUGCACUAAGCAGCCAAGAGCUAGAUGAAAUACAAGAGGAGGAGGAAGAUGACUGUGAAGAAAGAUUAAUUCAAGACGAUGAAGAAGAAUCAGACGAAGAUGAUGAAAAAGGAUUAGCUCAAGAUCAGGAGGAAUCAGACUCAAUGGAACAUAAAAAAAAUACAGAUGACUCCAGCAUUGAGGAGUGUAGAAGGGAUCUUGAGGAUCUCUCAGUGAAAUUGAAGGCAGAAGAAUGUCCAUCUUCAAAAUCUCUAGAAAAUGCAAUGGAACCAGAAGAUAAAACUGCAUCCAGCUCUUGCACCAAUGACACCGACUUUGUUACAUCAGAUCAUUUGUUCAGUCGUACCGAAUUGAUUGAGAUGUUCAGAACAAUUCAUACAAAGAAGAGAGUAUCAGCUAAAGCAGUUACCAUUGGCCUUGUAGGAUAUCCCAACGUAGGAAAAAGUUCAACUAUAAAUUGUCUCAUGCUAGAAAAGAAAGUUUCAGUUUCAGCCACGCCAGGAAAAACAAAACACUUUCAGACUCUUUACCUGACAGACAACAUCAUGCUUUGUGACUGUCCAGGACUAGUGUUCCCAGGAUUUGUGAGCACCAAGCAGGAAAUGAUAAUCUCGGGAAUUCUACCUAUUGAUCAGAUGAGAGACGAAGUCCCCCCUGUUAAUCUUGUUGCAAGUCGGAUCCCACGGAGUGUAAUUGAAAAUAUCUAUAACAUCACUCUGCCUUCACCAAAAGAAGGGGAAGAUCCUGACCGUCCACCUACGUGUGAAGAACUUCUUAACACAUAUGGAUUUAUGCGUGGAUUCAUGACCAAGCACGGGCGCCCAGACAAUCCACGUACAGCCCGAGUUGUUCUUAAGGACUACAUGAAUGGCAAGCUUCUGUAUGCUCAUGCUCCACCUAAUGUUUCACAGGAGGAGUACCACAAGCACACGCUAACAAAGGUUCAUAAAUCAGGACCAAGCAAGCCAACCCCACAACAGAUAAAAAAUAUGCCCUACCAAGUAAGGUCAGAGGUGGUAGACCAGAAAUUCUUUGAAAAACAGGUUGCCUCUUUUCAUAUUAAAGACACAGCCAGAAGAAGUGGUGCACAACCAGCAGUGAGAAUUGCAGGUAAUGAUGGCCCUAAAACCAAGAGGCAAAAGAAUUUCAAGAAGAAAGAAAAACUACGUCGACGAUAUGCACACCUGGAUGAAUAAGAAAGCCUUCCUGAUGUCCUUCUUAAUCUUUUUUUCUGUUUCUUGGUGAAUAUAUGUGUGUGUGUGUGUGUGUGUGUGUGUGUGUGUGUGUGUGUGUGUGUGUGUGUGUGUGUGUGUGUGUGUGUGUGUGUGUGUGUGUGUGUGUGUGUGAGUGUGAGAGUGUGAGUGUGAGUGUGUGAGUGUGAGUGUGAGUGUGAGUGUGAGUGUGAGUGUGAGUGUGAGUGUGAGUGUGUGUGUGUGUGUGUGUGUGUGUGUGUGUGUGUGUGUGUGUGUGUGUGUGAGUGUGUGUGUGAGAGUGUGAGUGUGAGUGUGAGUGUGAGUGAGAGUGAGAGUGAGAGUGAGAGUGAGAGUGAGAGUGAGAGUGAGAGUGAGAGUGAGAGUGAGUGUGAGUGUGUGUGUGUGUGUGUGUGUGUGUGUGUGUGUGUGUGAGUGUGUGUGUGUGUGUGUGUGAGUGUGUGUGAGAGACAGACAGACAGACAGACAGACAGACAGACAGACAGACAGACAGACAGACAGACAGACAGACAGACAGACAGACAGACAGACAGACAGACAGACAGAGAUAUGCAGCUUCAUACUAUGGGAUAUUCUCUGAAAUCUUUCUACAUACAUAUGUAUAUAUUUUUAUGUAGAUGAAACAGCUUCCCUGAGAAAUAUCUUGUUUCUUUGAUGUUUAGUUCAAACUCUCAGUUGUCAUGUAUCAAUAAAAGCUGUGAGAAAAGCAGCAAAUAAUAAUGGUGAAAAGAUGAAAAUAAAGUAAAAACAGGCUUUUGUCAUGGUGGUUGUUAUUCAUUUCAAUAAUUUUCAAGGUGUGUUUGCCUCAUGCUUUACACAUCUAUAGACAUAUGACUAAGAAAAUUUAUGGUCUCUCCUCUGAGGUCAAAGUGGCUUUACUGGUUUGAACUUAUGAAGUUGUAUCUUGUGGGCAUGUUGAUAAUUAAUCAGUAGCAAACAAGCUGGUUUCAAAAUUGUAAGAUACUUUAAGGAUGUCAUAGCCACUUAAAUAAAAUGUUUGAAAAUUA